UAGAUGCAGUGAAGUCUGAGUUCUGCUGUAUAUAUAUCACAGACGAACAAAAUAAUAAGAUAAAAUAAAACAGUAAAGGAGAAACGCUACAGACUAUGGGAUGUUGUAGGACUUCUGAAACAUCUUCUGGGGGUUCCUGUGGAGUAUGAUCUUUUAAAAGAAUCCUUAUUGAAGCUGAUUUGGGUAACUGGGAAAAUGAUACAUAUGCUAAAUGCAGCAGCUGAUCGAAUGAAAUGGACCAGAUCGGGUGCUGCUAAGAGGGCUGCCUGCCUGGUGGCUGCAGCAUAUGCUCUGAAAACCCUCUAUCCCAUCAUUGGCAAGCGUUUAAAGCAAUCUGGCCACGGGAGGAAAAAAGAAGCUUACCCCGCUGCAGAGAACAGAGAAAUACUGCAUUGCACCGAGACCAUUUGUAAAAAACCUUCGCCUGGAGUGAAUGCAGAUUUUUUCAAACAGCUACUAGAACUUAGGAAAAUUCUCUUUCCGAAACUUGUGACCACUGAAACAGGGUGGCUCUGCCUUCACUCGGUGGCUCUAAUUUCAAGAACCUUUCUAUCUAUCUAUGUGGCUGGUCUGGAUGGAAAAAUCGUGAAAAGCAUUGUGGAAAAGAAGCCUCGGACUUUCAUCCUCAAGUUAAUCAAGUGGCUUAUGAUUGCCAUUCCUGCCACCUUUGUCAACAGUGCAAUAAGGUACUUGGAGUGCAAAUUGGCUUUGGCUUUCAGAACUCGCCUAGUAGACCAUGCCUAUGAAACCUAUUUUGCAAAUCAGACUUAUUAUAAGGUGAUCAAUAUGGAUGGGAGACUGGCAAACCCUGACCAGUCUCUUACAGAGGAUAUUAUGAUGUUCUCCCAAUCUGUGGCUCACUUGUAUUCCAACCUGACCAAACCUAUUUUAGAUGUAAUCCUGACCUCCUAUACACUCAUCCAGACUGCUACAUCCAGAGGAGCAAGCCCAAUUGGGCCCACCUUGUUAGCAGGACUUGUGGUGUAUGCCACUGCUAAAGUGUUGAAGGCUUGCUCUCCCAAAUUUGGUAAAUUGGUGGCUGAAGAAGCUCAUAGAAAAGGCUAUUUGCGGUAUGUGCACUCCAGAAUUAUAGCCAACGUGGAAGAAAUUGCGUUUUACAGAGGACAUAAGGUAGAAAUGAAGCAACUCCAGAAAAGUUACAAAGCAUUAGCGGAUCAGAUGAACCUUAUUUUAUCCAAACGUUUGUGGUACAUCAUGAUAGAGCAAUUCUUAAUGAAGUAUGUUUGGAGCAGCUGUGGACUAAUUAUGGUGGCUAUACCUAUUAUCACUGCAACUGGCUUUGCAGAUGGUGAUCUAGAGGAUGGUCAGAAGCAAGCUAUGGUUAGUGAACGGACAGAAGCCUUUACCACUGCUCGAAAUUUAUUGGCCUCUGGAGCUGAUGCUAUUGAAAGAAUUAUGUCUUCAUACAAAGAGAUAACGGAAUUAGCAGGCUAUACUACUCGAGUGUACAAUAUGUUUUGGGUCUUCGAUGAAGUAAAAAGGGGCAUUUAUAAAAGAACUGCUGUCAUUCAAGAGCCUGAAAACCAUAGCAAGAAUGGAGCUAACAUGGAAUUACCCCUAACUGACACAUUGGCAAUCAAAGGAAAAGUUAUUGAUGUGGAUCAUGGAAUUAUUUGUGAAAAUGUUCCCAUAAUUACACCGGCGGGAGAAGUGGUGGCUUCCAGGCUAAACUUCAAAGUACAAGAAGGAAUGCAUCUUUUGAUAACUGGUCCCAAUGGUUGUGGGAAAAGUUCUCUCUUCAGAAUUUUAAGUGGGCUCUGGCCUGUAUAUGAAGGAGUCCUUUAUAAACCACCUCCUCAACAUAUGUUCUAUAUUCCACAGAGGCCAUAUAUGUCCCUGGGAAGUCUUCGAGAUCAAGUCAUUUAUCCUGACUCAGUGGAUGAUAUGCAUGCUAAAGGUUAUACAGAUCAAGAUUUGGAAUGUAUUCUACACAAUGUCCAUCUCUAUCACAUAGUUCAAAGAGAAGGAGGAUGGGAUGCUGUUAUGGACUGGAAAGAUGUCUUAUCAGGAGGGGAAAAGCAAAGAAUGGGCAUGGCUCGUAUGUUUUAUCAUAAACCAAAGUAUGCAUUGCUGGAUGAAUGUACCAGUGCUGUCAGCAUUGAUGUUGAAGGAAAGAUAUUUCAGGCUGCGAAAGGGGCUGGAAUAUCCUUAUUGUCUAUAACACAUAGGCCUUCUCUUUGGAAAUACCAUACUCAUUUAUUACAAUUUGAUGGUGAAGGAGGUUGGCGUUUUGAACAAUUGGAUACUGCUAUCCGUUUAACACUGAGUGAAGAAAAACAAAAGCUAGAAUCUCAGCUAGCCGGAAUUCCCAAAAUGCAGCAGAGACUCAAUGAACUAUGUAAAAUUUUGGGAGAAGACUCAGUGCUGAAAACAAUCAAAAAUGAAGAUGAAAUAUCCUAAUUUAUUUUGACAUGUUUUAAGUUAAUUUUUUGGUAAAAGCUCAAGAGACACUCUAUUAUAGUGCAUGUACUGUGUUAAGCUAAGCACAGAAAAAAUCAAAGCCAGCAAGAAAUGUUUUAUAUGAUUUUAGCAUCAAGGAAGUAUACAAUCUAACUUUUCAGAAGAAAAUAAAUAAAUGUAUUAUGGAAGAUUAGUCAUUAUGGCUUACACUAAUUCCUAAUGGAAGCCUAAUUCACCUGCAAAACAAGAUUUUCUAGGUGAAUGGUGAAUAGUGAAUACCAGAUUAUUGUGUAUAUGUCAUGUAUCUGAAAUUCUUAACAUGGGAAAUAUCUUGGAAAUGAGGCAAUUUAAGAGCACCAUUUGGGCUGAUAUCAGGUGCAUAAAAAUAGAAUUUUGAGAACCAUUAAGUCCAUUCAUGAAUGAUACUAGGUUUAUUAGCUAGAAUUAAUUUACAUCAUUGCUAGAGGCCAACUAAAUCUAUAUACAAAAUAGCUGACAGUUUAAUAAUUUCAGUAUGAAAAAAAAUAUUUUAAUUGCAGUGGUUGAAAGAAAAAAGCAUGGCUAAACAUGUAUAAAAUACCAUAUUUCAAAAAUUUUAGACUUUGAGCAUCUUAAUGCAGAUAUAUAAAAAUUCUAAUGAGAAUCUUGCAUAUCUGUUAAUAAACUAAUUUUUAAAAGAGAAUUGCCAAGACAGAAAAGGCAUAUCCAAAUGUUUGCCUCAUCCUGUUACUUUACUUGGCAGAAUUAUCUAUUACAAUUCUGUUCAGAAAUACUGUUUUGUGUCCAAAAGAGGAGUCCAAAAUUUUUAGAAAUGUGCUACAAUAUAAAGAUUAUGAAAAUCAUAGUAAUAUUAGCAUGCAUUGGAAUAUAAUACUUUAUAGUUUACAAUUCCCAUUAAUAUCAUUUUAUUUUAAUCUUUGUGGCAGUCUUUUGAGACAUUAUUUUUUCUAUUUUCCUUUUGAGGAAAUUUACAUUUGGAUUUACCUAAUCAUGUAAUUUAUUUAAAAACAGAACUAGGGAUCAAAGGAAGUUCUCCUGAAUCUUCAGUUCACUGUGAUUACUACCAUUUUUUUUUUAAUUUCACAGGGCUAUAUUAUCAAUAAAAAUUAGAAGUGGGCAGUAGUUUGCAGGAAGUGGGACUUCAGACAGGGCAGUGGAGUGAGAGCAAAAAAUAAUAAAAUAAAACUUAGAUGAGAAAAGAAAUAUGUUUUGUAAUAUCAGUUUAUUAUUAUUUGUUUAUGGUUAUAAGAAAUGAAAAUUGAAUGUUAUGUGGAAAGGUCAUUGGACUGUGGUUUAAAAUGAACAAAGGAAGUUAGCAAAUCUUUAAGCAACUGUGCUCUCUUACUUGAUAUUUGUAUACCUCUAAAACAUCAGCAAUCUGAAUGGCAGUUAGUAGUGUUUUAGGUAAUUUAAUAUUAUUGAACAUAAAGACAAAUAAUCUACAUGGAUUAGUCAUUUGAAAUAGAGUCUUAUCUGUUGUGUGCCUUGGAGUUGGAAGUACAAGAGCCAGGACUGACACGAUAAUCUCUUGCUCUCUACACUACCAUGUUAAUGGGCCAUUAAAGAUUGGAAUGAGCAGUUGUUAGUGGCUUAGAAUUUUAUUUGCAUAUUUAGACACAGCCAUGAUGGAUGCCAAGUCAGUGAUUCUUAAGUUUUUAUAGGAGAUAGAAUACCUGGAAGUCGUAUAUGAUGUGAUUGUUGUAGAACAUCAUAGCAUUUCCACAUUUUUAGUUCUCCAUAACUAGGACAUUUUAAAUUAUCAAUAAAUGUUCCCAUCUAAUAUGAAAGAAUGCAAUAUAAAAAUCAAAAUCAGUACAUUUAUACAAGUUUUUCUGUUAGUAUCAUUAACUACUGAUUUAUUCUUUUAUGUAUUACAAGUAUCGUACUAGAAAAAUGAGGCUGGUAUUAAAAAUCUUUAAGAAAAAGCAUAGAACCAAAACUUAAUAAAAAUCAUUCCUUAAUCUUAAGAUCUACAUUAGCAGUUAUCCAGUUUAUACUGCUGUAAGGAGAAAAGUUUGAGGCCAGUGACUUAUAUAAACUUUAAAGAUACAAAAAAGAAGAGUUCUCAUUUGGAAUGUGCAUAGAUUUCAUGCCUUAAUUUUCAUAAUUUAAAAAUUGAACAUUUCAGACCUGAUAUUUUAUAUUUUGAAACUUUGAAAGAAUGUCAAUACAAACAUUAGACUUGAAGUUAGCCCUUAUUUAAUAUAUACUAUCAACAAAUUGAAAUGAAGAAGAUUCAUUUAGUAUACAGGACUCAGGAUAUUUAAAAUUCUUUAUUAAAAACUCCACACAUCCCAAUUAAAAUGCUAAAGUUCUAAGAUGAACAGGUUUUCUGUGUGUGUGUGUGUGUGUAUGUGUGUGUGUGUAUUUAUUUUUUGAAUUCUUCCUCAGGACCAAUAUCCUCUAAUUUGGAGAGGAAAAUAAAAUCUAAUAAAUUUGUAUUAUAUACCAUUUAACUAUUUCCAAGAUGGUUCUAUGGGUAUACCAUAUAUUACUAUUCUCAUAGUUACAUUUUGUGAAAAACAUGAAAAAGAUUGAGAAGCUCAAUAGCAUCUUUGAAUAUAACGAAGAACAGAUGAGGAAAGGGAAAAGAAAUAUUUCAGUUUUCAAACAAUUUGCCCAAACUUUUGACUUACCUUUAAAUAACUACUUAAUGAGUGUUAUUAUAAAAUUGUACAUUUGGGGGGGUUAAAUUAAUUUGUGGAAAAUAAGCUUCAUUCCAUGAAAAUACCACAUUAUUUUUCUCCAGCAUGUAGUGUUAAGCUAAGCAUGAGUGUAAAAUAGUGUGUUCUCUUAUAAACAGGAUGAUGUAUAAAAACCCCUUGAAUAAUCUCAAGGAGAAUGAUAUAGCUUGAAAAUCAACCCAGCUUUUCAUUUGUUUACAGUGGAAAUGGUUUCUUCUUCAUAGUAAUUUGAUUUUUGUUUCAAAUAAAGAUUUGUCAGUAAAAUCAUAAA